UUUCGGCCCACACACCUUCCAGAAAGAAGCCCGACCUCCCCGAGACCGCGCGGAGGGACGCUGCGCCUGGCUUCCAGGCUGUCCCCAGCGCACCCCCUCCGGAGUCGUGGGAUCCUGGGAAGCCGGAACAGGCCGCGGAGCCCCCCCCGCCCCCGCCCCGGCCCGCGGGCCAUGGCCGACAGCGGCGGCUCGGGCGGCUCGGGGCCCUGGUGGAAAUCGCUGGGCAACAGCAGGAAGAAGAGCAAGGAGGCGGCGGGGGCGCAGCCGCCCGCGCAACCUGCGCCCGGGGAGCCCGCGCCGGCCGCGCCGCCCAGCCCGGACUGGACAGGCGGCUCCCGGGAGAACCAGCACCCCAACCUCCUGGGCGGCGCCGGCGAGCCCCACAAGCCGGACAAGCUGUGCGGGGAGAGGGCGGGCAGCAGCAGCCGCCGCAACCUGAAGAUCUCGCGCUCCGGGCGCUUUAAGGAGAAGAGGAAGGUGCGCGCCACUCUGCUGCCCGAGGGCGGCGGGGCCGCGGAGGAGGCGGCCUUCCCCGGGGACCCCCGCGACGACGCGCAGUAGCGGGGCGCGCCCGGCCUGCCCUCGCCCCCCAGCUCUGCACCGCCCCAAUACCCCGCGUCUCCGCCCGCCAACUUCAGAGCCGUGCACACGAGGCCUCCACGCUUUGGUGUUCCUGGAAAUUGAAGUGUCCGCUGAGUUUUCAGUGUUUCAGGACUCAAGGAGGCAUCGCGUGUUUAUCUGUGCUGGGAGAAGGGGCCUGCCGCAGAGCAAGGUGGCAUCAUCAUCACUAUCUUUUUUCUCCCCCCAAAGUUCUCCCGUGGCCUCCAUCCCUUGUGCAAACCCGGGGAGUGAGAAGGGUCCUUCUCCGAGUUGGUGGCCCAACUGGGACUGCGCAGCCGGGACGCCCAGCUCUGAUUCAGGACUCGCCCUCCGAAAGCGAAUCACAGUGGCUGCUUUCAACGCCAGGGAAAUGCACUUUAGACGUACUUGGGUAGCAUCCUACUUUAAGUGAAGGGACGACGACGAGAGAGGGCAGGAAACCUUCUUAGGUAGAAGCAUUUUAAGUAAGGCAAGAGAUUGCUUGUAAACGUUGAACCACAAAACUGUACUGCCUGUUUUAGUGUGGACUAUUAAAAUUGUUGCACCUGUGAGACUUAAGGUGACUUUGGUGUUUUUUCCAUUGCAAGACUGAAGUCCAUCCUACUUAAAAGCUGGCAUACAGAGGCCAGAGUGACAGAGUUAAUCAUUUGCCACACAACAUAACAGCUACUCUGGGAUCUUGCUAGAAGGAGGAGAACAUUUCUGAAAACUAACAUCACCCAGGCUGGAACCAGUUGGCGGGACAUCUCUAUGUACUAACUAAAUUUAAGGAAGGGAGGGAGAAGCCCUAUAAUUACUCCCAAAUUCUCUUUGUUACCUCAGUACAUCUUCACACAGUAGAGGAGCUCACACUGCCAGUACUAAUUCUCUUUAAAAGUAUCCAUCGUUACCGUUGCUAACCAUUGUCUGAAAAUACUUGCUGGAAUAGAUGGACUGAACUCUUGGCUUGUGCAAAGCCGGCCUCUUUUCCCACCCCUUUGCUUCAAAAGCUUAUUUCUUUAGUCUGACUUAUGCAUUUAUCUGGUUUCAAAGCCUUGAGAUGUACUGAUCUGAAGAUUCUGAACAAAAAUCUACCUGUUUGCUUUUGUUACAAACUUCAGGAAAAGGAGUAAAUAAAUCCCACUUGCUUUCAGCAAAUUACAAGGGAGUUAUUGUAGUUAAGGGCCACUGGGAUCAUUCCCACCACAAUUCCAUUCAUUUAUGAUCAUACAGAAACACAUAGCAAGGAAAUUGUAGUGGUCAAAGUGUACAUGUAUAUAUAGUUUAGAUAAUUACAAGCAAGAACUUAAUUGGAGCUUCUGAAUGUGUUAUAUAGAAAGAGGCAGGUUUUUGUUUCUCUCAGGGUAGCAAUUUAUAAAACAGAGAAACAUUCAUUGGCUAAAGAGAUUGAACAAAACCAAACUUGCUGAAAAUAGCUAAAAGGGACUUAAAUUAGUCAAUCAAGUUUGGGUACCAGCACAAUAAUAGAAUUUACCAUUUGAUACAUGAAUUUCCACAUACCAAAGGCUUAUUCCAAACGAAAUUGUUUGUAUGAGGAUUACAAACACUUUACGUUAAAAGAGAAAGAUCUAUGAGUUUUUUUCAUCAUGAAAAAAACUUUUUUGUUGUGUAUUUCGAACUGGGAAUAUGUGACCAAAGUCUCAUCAGUGUGAGCCUCCUGGCCGAGGAAGACUUCAUACCGGUUUUAAGUGGGCCUCCCAUCUCGAGGCUCUGAUGAAGAUGAGGGAGAGGAGAAUGUGCUGGGGAAGUUCACGGUAAGGAGGGAAGAGCAGGCUGGGAGCAAAGCAAGCAAAAGCUGCCAAAUAAAGCUUUGAAACACAAUAAAGCAUUCCACUUUGUAGAAAAUAAUCAAAAUUAGGGUCAAUAACUAUCGAAAAUACUUUUCCCCUUCCAGGAGGACCAAUAAAUUAGGACCGUGCUCAUUUAUAAAGUUAAACCUGCAAUUGCAUACUUUUAAAUUUUUACAGUAACUCUUUCAUUCAUGGUUUUAUUGUUUUAAAAAAAACUUUUUUUUUCUUAAAAAUUCCUUUUGAUUCAUGAAACAUUGGCAUUUUCUCAGGUUCUGUAUCUUGUUUGGGAUCCCAUCCAAAUCUAUAAUUGCUGCAGAUAACCCAUAGCAGAUAUAUAACAGUGGAACUUAUUCACAUGACAUCUUUACCUCACUGUUCUGGAAGAAUUGAAAACCAUGCUAAUGGCAGUUAUGACGGUGAGUGCAACACACAAUCCGCAGUUGAGGUUUGUAAUUACAGAGUUUUAAAGCAGUCCUAAUUAUGCAGUGGGAGGGAUGCACUGAUUUAAUCCCAACUCAGUGAAAUCAGAAACCAAGCAAAAUUGGUGGGAUGAAAAGAUCAUAGGUAAGAUGAGAUAAUUUGACAAAGUGUCUUGCUGGGAUUUAUAUGCUUUACAGAUGAUUAAUUACAUUCUUGUAACAUGUAUACAGAUUUAAAUUUUUUUAAACCUCAAGAUAAUUUAUAGUAAAUUGAGGGAAAGUGUUAAAUUAAACUUGGAGUUAAUUAGAUUAGAGGCUUUUGCUUUCUUUACACCAUCUUACAAAUGAAAUUUCACCCACACGUUUGGAAACCAUUAGAGAAAUUUUAAUACCAUGGUUCCAAAUGAUAUGGGGGGAGGAAAGAGAUAAAAAUCUAGUUGUGUGUUUGUUAAAUGCUUUCAUAACCAUGAUAAUUAUACCUACAGGGUAGUUUUCGCUUCUGGACUCUCCUUGCCGAGCAGUGAUUCCUAUCACAGGGUCAUUUGAACAUCCCUUUGUGUUCAUACUUCCAUCAUUCAUCCCAUUCUGACUUGCAUUUCAAGAGUUUUGUGGAUGUAGUUAGGACAUUCUGCUUUAGUAUAACACUGGGAAGUAUAAUGUGCCUUGAAGCAUAAUGUGAAUUCAGCAAGCCUGAUUUUGCCGCAUAUUUUGAAAGGAACUAAUAAACCUCGUGAACAGUA